AUGGAGAUUCGAACAAGAAAGAUCAUUCACCGAUACGUGCCCAGAGACGGAGGAGGGACAUGCAGGCGUCCCAAAGUCCUCGACAGAGACGAAUACUACUACAGACGCAAUGUCCAGCACAUACGGCCCGAGCAGAAGAACUCACCAACGUACCGCAUAAUCGAAACAAGGGAGCCAUUGCGAUCCCGGACAAGCCUAAACACAUUGUGGAGACGGGAUACAUCGCCGAUCCGGAGUAAGCCGUUCAAGAUGCGCAUGCCAUAUACAAUCAGACGGGUGCCAUCAGUGCCAGAUGAUUGUGGGCUUGAACCAAGAGGCCGAAAUAGGUCUCCUCGCCCUUUCAUCGUUGAUUCCGCCCCAGAGAUACAGUAUGCUUGGCCAAAAAGCGGAAGACCAAGAUCUCUCUCGCCCGAAAUCAGACCACCUCCUCAAAGAUCAAUCUCCCCAUCCCUGAGAAGGGAAACAGAAACAACCGUGUUUGUCGAAGAUAACCCUCGACAGUCGCGCUCACUGGAACGCCCCAAAGGGCCCAGGCCUCCACGCGAGCGGACGCCGGUAGUCGAGCGCGAACCAGUUAGACGAAGAUCGCGUGCUGUAGAAAUUCACCAGACCCCAGAACAAGCACGAGGGAGGACUGAGAGCGCAGGGCGACGACAGGUCCGAUUCGCAGAGGACAUCGAUUAUGAAGAGUACGGAACAUGGCCCCGACGGUGCAACGAAUAUCAGUUGUCUGAAAGCGACGAUGACUUUCGAGACGAAUUCCGGCGGCGCAUUUUUGAGCGCAGGGUGCCGAGAAAUGUCGAGGACAGGCCUAGAUAUCGGCGCAUAUCACCUGAGAGAUCGUCGUACCGAACCACCGACUUGCCACGGGCUACAAUCAGACCGAAUCGUCUUCGGCCUCGAAUCAUCCAAGACGGAAACCGUGAGAUCUUGGAAGAUGGUGAUCGUAUCUAUGCAAAGGCCCGGAGAAGAAGAUAUGAAGAUCGAGAACUCCCCGACUUGAUGUCACAUUCAACUGCGCGAUGGAGACGUCGAUUUGACGAUAUUCGGGACUUCAGCUCUGACGAUGAUAGUUACAUCCGCAGCGCAGGCUCAUGGCGCUAUGGUAGGCGCUGGCUCUGA